AUGACCUCAGACUCGUCGACCAAAUCGACCCCGUCCUCCCAGACCCUCCAGAACAGCCCUCGCUCCAUGACGGAGCUCGAGGCUCCUCCACAACCCAAGUCGGACAACGUCCAAUCAGCGAAACAGAAACGGGUGAGGACUGGGUGUUUGACGUGCCGCGAACGCCACCUCAAGUGCGAUGAGGCCUUACCAAACUGUCAGAAUUGCCUCAAAUCCAAUCGAAAAUGCAAGCGCGGCGUGCGCCUAAACUUCAUCGACAUCCACUGCCAGCAGCCUCCGUAUCUAGUCCCGCGUACGCGCGACUGGAAGGUCACUUUCCAAGAUGACUCGCGCGACAUUGCGUCUGAGUAUCAAGGAGGCCUCGAGAAAUAUCACGCUCUUGAACCGGAGCCCAAGCGGCAAAAGUUGGACGUGUCGAGUGUGACCUACGACUACAGUCAGAUUGCAGCUCAAACCAUCUCUCACCAGCAGCUUUCAGCUCAUCAAUCCUUUUCUCAUUCCUAUCCCGAGACGGCACAGGCCAUGUACUCCAACUCCACGGCACAAGCUUAUGAUGACACAGCGAAUGCCAUGGGAGCUUACACAGAUGCAACUCAGGCAAUGAGGCAGUCUUACCACCAACAGACCAUGCUUACAUCCAUCGACCACGAACAAGGUUCCCCUCACCUGGAGGACCGGAACGAGGUUCUGUACAUGCAAGUCUACGUGGAAGAAGUGGGCCUAUGGAUGGACUCGAUGGACGCUGAGAAGCACUUCUCACGUCUCAUUCCCUUCCAAGCACUGAAGGAACCCAUGUUGAAGUAUGCCUUGUUGGCUUGUGGGGUCCGACACCUCACGUUGGUCAACCCAAUCUACCCAGAAGAGCAUGCAUUAAACUACUACAACAGUGCAACGCAGCUACUGCUGAAGGCACUACAGAAUCCAGAUCGAGAUAGUGUGCUGUGCGCCACUACAGCCACCAUUCUCAAUGUCUACGAAGUGAUGUCGGAGAAAGCUCUGCAGCGCAUGAACCAUAUCGCCGGGGCCCGUGCCCUCAUCAAGGAGUGUCGGUGGGACGCCACAUCAACGGGCAUCGGGGCGGCUUGUUUCUGGCUGAAUGUCGGGCUGGAACUGUUUAGCUGCUUGCAUUUCAACUGGGCCGUGGCGUGGGAUCCCGACACUUGGGGUAUUGACAUUGCCAUGACCCCUCAGCUUGGUCCCGGACACGAAGAAGAUUGGGCACACAGGAUGUUAUGGAUAUUGUCCAAGAUCACCAAUUUCAGAUCAGAGGCUCAGCGGCGGUACAACGACAGCAGCGUACAUGCGGAACAGAUGCGCUUGCACCAGCGAAACAAACAGUGGCUGGGCCUGAAGUUCUUCUGUGACCGCUGGCAUGAGUGCGUGCCACCCACAAUGCAUGCCCUUGCAUACGUUCCACCUCAGUUGACGGCAUCCAAGAGUGCGUUCCCUGAAGUGUGGUUCAUCAAGAGGGCAACCAUCGUCGCGAGGUUAUUCUAUCAUACGGCCAUGGCGUUGCUUGGUUCAGUUCAUCCUUUGGCCAGCAUGCACCCACAAAAGGCAGAGGAGAUGCAGGACAUGAGGCUCCACCAUUCACGACAAAUCUGUGGCAUUGUGGCCCAUGUCAAGGACCGAGGGGUGGCAUCAGCUUCUAUUCGCUGUCUAGCCGUGGCCGGCGAGAACCUCACCAUCCGGAGGGAACAGGAAGAGGUGCUGCAGAUCUUCGACCGUAUCAAAAAGGAAACAGGCUGGCGUGUCGACUCGAUCCACGAUGAACUGAGGGAGAAAUGGGGCUGGACCAGUAAUGCUCAAGACUAUGAUACCGUGAGCUCGGCCUCCACGUACUACGCACCCUCGAGACCUUCGGCCACUUCGGCCACGCCCAACGCAACACCCCCUCGUGCCAAAUACCCCAGCGGCAUUGUCAACCCAUUGUACCAAAAUGCCGAUUUUUCAGCGCAGAAUCCGCCGUACCAAGGAAAUUAUGUGCCUCCUGCUGCUGGGCAUGUCAUGCAUAACAACACACAGAUGUACGGUUAUUCCGGUAUUGCAGCCAUUUGA